AUGCGAUCAUCACCAUUACCAUCGCCAUCACCAUCAUCGUCAUUAUCGUUAUCAUCAACGCAGUCAACACCAACAUCACUUAUGAUAAAUACCAGCAAUAAUCGAUUGCGACAAAAUAUUGAUUUGCUAGUGGUUGAGCAUUGUGAAAAAAUUCAUCAAUUCGAACGAAAUUCUUCAAUUGCUUUCACAAUAAACAACCAAGCCGGUUGCCAUGAUGCUAAUGAGCCAGAAACUUCAACAGAAUUAUCAAAUCCGGCUACAACACCAACCGUUUCUAAUGAACCUUCAAAUGAUUCGCUUGUUCCUGUAAAAUUCGAUCUAUGUUUCGAAUGUAACGAUGAAGCAGUCGAUAGGAAUAGCCUUUUGUACAGCGAUUACUUUCAAGCAGAACCGGAAGAUUCAUUAAAUCCGUACGAUUUAUUAAUGCGAAUACACUUCCCUUUGAAGAAAAGUCGUGCAAUAUCACAAUUGGAAAAAUUCAAAAAUUAUUGGGAAAAUUAUUCAUUUUAUGCAAUAUGGCGUAAGAAAUUCAUUGAAGAUCAUAGUUGUCAAGAGCAAGAUUUAUGGAAAGAGUUUUUUGUGGAAUCAAUACCUCAUUUAUUGAUCAAUUUAUUCCUAACAUUCUAUGUUAUUGGUGGUGCUAUUGCAUUUCAACUAAUUGAUGAAAAUAUACAGCAUGAAAAAUUUUACAGCGUUAUUCAAUUCACCUUCACCACUAUUGCUACCGUUGGUUAUGGUAAUAUCGUACCAACAACAGAUGCAAGCAAAUUAUUUUGCAUAUUUUAUACAUUGGUUGGUGUACCACUUCUUUUUCUAUCAUUAACAAAUAUUGGUCAGUUUAUUGCGGAAGGUUAUUGGAUUUUUCUGGCAUCACUACAAAGGACACAACAUAUCGAUGCACCAGAUGAGCGUCGUUUACCGUUAUCAAUCGUUGUAACAUUAUUGUUAACACAUUCAGUCAUCGGUGGAUUAUUAUUUCAUUUUUGGAUUGACCAAAUGCCGGUCAUUCCAGCAAUUUACUUUAGUUUUGUUUCAAUUACAACAAUUGGUUAUGGCGACAUAACACCAAUACCAAAUGAUGCUAUUCAAACAUUCAUUAUUGUCCUUUAUCUCGCAGUUGGAAUGGUAAGCGGCACUGAAAUAUGA